AGAAAUAAAACGAGAAAUUAACACUUAAAACCACAAAAGCCCUAGCAAAACCCCUUUUCUUUUCAAGCAGAUUGCGAGAGCCUUACCUGAAUCCGAUCAACAUGGCGAAGAGCUCUAGCCACCUGAUAUUGAAUGGAUCAAGGCUGGCUAGGCAGAUCUGCACAGCGGCGGAGGCUGUGUCUGAGGCGGCUCCUCCGGCGAUGGUUUCCCAGAGAAAAGGGGAACGGCUGUACCGGAGGUUGUCAGCUCUAGGAGCGACUGGAGGGAGUGUGUCAAAGACGUUAAAUGAGUACCUUAUGGAGGGAAAGCCUAUAAGGAAAAUCGAGCUCUCUCGGUGCAUCAAAGAGCUCCGCAAGUAUCAGAGGUUCGAUCAUGCCCUUGAGAUAAUGGAGUGGAUGGAGAAGAGGAAAAUGAACUUCUCCCAUGCGGACUAUGCAAUACGCUUAGAUCUUAUAGCAAAAACCAAAGGGAUAGCUGUUGCUGAGGAUUUCUUCAAUUGGCUCUCACCAGCUGCGAAAAGUCAGUCUGCAUAUGGAUCUCUUUUGAACUGUUAUUGCAAGGAACUUAUGUCUGACAAGGCACUGGCUCUUUUUCAGAAAAUGGAUGAAAUGAACUUUCUUACCGCUUCGUUACCUUUUAACAAUCUCAUGUCACUACAUAUGGGAUUGGGCCAACCUGAGAAGGUGCCUGUCUUAGUUUAUGAGAUGAAGCAGAGGAAUAUCAAACCUUGCUGUUUCACGUAUAAUAUCUGGAUGCAGAGCUAUGGAUGUUUGAAUGAUUAUGAGGGAGUAGAAAGAGUUCUGGCUGAGAUUGAAAAGGAUGAUAAAGAUAAUUGUGAGUGGACUACGUACAGUAAUCUGGCUACGAUCUAUCUCAAGGCCGGACAUUUUGAGAAAGCUGAAUCAGCUCUUAAAAAGGUAGAGGCAAAGAUGGGAUUUCGUAAUCGGGAGGCUUACCAUUUUCUGAUUAGCUUAUAUGGUGGCACGUUUAAUCUUGGAGAGGUCAAUCGAGUGUGGAAUUCCCUGAAGUCGAGUUUCCCUGUGAUCACCAAUUUGAGUUACCUAGUAAUGCUUCAGGCACUUGCCAAACUAAAAGAUGUCGAGGGUAUAGCCAAAUGCUUUAAGGAGUGGGAAUCCAGUUGCCUCAGUUAUGAUAUGAGGUUAGCGAAUGUUGCUAUAAGAGCCUACCUGGAACAGGACAUGUAUGAAGAAGCUGAAUCAAUCUUUGAUGAUGCACUUAAGAGGGCCAAAGGGCCUUUCUUCAAGGCUCGGGAGAUGUUCAUGGUUUUCUCGUUGAAGAUCCAUCAACUGGACUUGGCUUUUGAUCAUAUGAAAGCAGCUUUUUCUGAAGCUGAGUAUGACUGGCGACCGAAGGAGGAGACAGUGACUGCAUUUUUUAAUUAUUUUUGUGAAGAGAAAGAUAUUGAUGGUGCUGAGAAGUUUUGCAAGAUCUUGAAGCAUAUUAAUAGUCUUGACUCCAUUGCUUACAGAUUGCUGCUAAAGACAUACAUAGCUGCCGACAAAUUAGCUCCUGAGAUGCGUCAGAGACUGAAGGAAGAGAAUAUUGAAAUGAGCGAUGAGCUUAAGAACUUGCUUGAAAAGGUCAGUCCCAAUCCCAAAUAGGUUUAGUAUGUGGUCGCACAGUGUCUGAAUUAGCCAGCUGUUGAUAUAUUAAAAAUGUUGAGGUGCAUCCCAUGGUUCGUCGUCCUAGAGCUAAAAUUUAGUGUUGUGACAUUGAAAAUGUGUAACAGUUGUUUCAAGUCGUCGGCAAUGUGGUAUAUCUCAUUCACAGCACAGCAAAUUUUCUCAA